AUGGCGGACUCGAGCUCCGACGUUGAAAUCAAUGUUGAUGACGUUUGCGACAGUAUGGCCGCCGGGGACCAUGGCGUCGAAGUGGAGACGAUCAUCCAGGGCCAGGCGCCGCUCCCUGGCCAAGCGGACGAGCUGGAUUUCAUGGUGCAAGAAGAAGUGGAGACGACGACCGACGGCGACACACUCACGGUCGAACUGGACCCCGUGGAUAACGUCAUCAUCGCCCUCCAAAACACAGACGGCCUGCAGGGCGGAGGCCAUUUUGACGAACAAAAUGGCGGCCUCUGCGAAACUCUCGCGUACGGAAGCUCGUCUUCGGGGAUCGUCGUCGGGAGAGAGCGGGCCGCCGCGGCCGGGAGCGGGAGAAAGAGACGAUCGGGCGGAGCCGGUGCGGGGGGAGGAAGAGAGGGAGGAGGAAGGCUCGGAGCCUCGGCCAAGAAAAAGUCGCGGAAGAUGAGAAAAGGUGCGGUCAGUGUCCAUUUCACGAACCUCAAGAUAUCGACUGUGCUCGGCAGCAGCGCGGCCAGUAAGGAAACGCGCGAGGCUAACGAGGCCAGUUUCGAUGCCAGCAAGAGCCCGCGCAGGUGGAGGAAGCACUCCGUGCCCGUGAGGACCCUGGAGGGGCAGUUUGCCGUCGCCAUGUGGUCCACGGAUCAAAGGAAGCAAAUGUCUGAAGACGGAGGAGAUGAUUUCUUUGAGUACACUAGAGGCAAAAAGAUUCCACCCUGAAGGAAUUCCUGGCUUUGACUUCUCUGAUCCCGACUCAAUUGUCGAGUUUACCAAGAAGACCAAGAUGCAGAAGAAGAGAGAUGCCGAUGGUGUCGAGCGGACCAUUCCAUGCCCACACAAGGCAAGCCCACGUCACAAACAUUACUAGACAGGUCGUGUAACUCUAGUGGCAGUAUUCUGCCUUUCAGUAUAUCUUUACCUUUAUAGGAGACUGCAUGCCAUAGUAUGCUGGAUCAGAGACAUUAGCCAGGAAACAAGGGGGAGCUGACUCGUACAUUUUUAAUCCCAGGGCUGUACCAAGAUGUUCAGGGACAAUGCGGCCAUGAGGAAGCAUCUCCAUACUCACGGGCCUCGCGUCCACGUCUGUGCAGAGUGUGGCAAGGCCUUUGUCGAGAGCUCCAAGUUGAAGCGACACCAACUGGUCCACACCGGAGAAAAGCCUUUCCAGUGUACAUUCGAGGGGUGUGGCAAGCGAUUUUCGUUGGACUUCAACCUUCGGACCCACAUCCGUAUCCACACGGGCGACAGGCCCUACGUGUGCCCGUUUGACGGCUGCAACAAGAGAUUUGCCCAGUCCACCAACCUCAAGUCACACAUGCUCUCACAUGCCAAACAGAAGAGUGGAGGUAGUGCCCCCACCACACCGACCCCAGGCUCCUCUUCUUCCCCCACUCCCCUCUCGAUGGCUGUCUCCCCCUGUUCACCCCGGGAACCCCAUCAUGUCAUCGUCACACCCUCCCGCCCUCUCCUCCUCCACCCUCCCCUCCUCUCACUCUUCCUCGUCUCCCCCACUCGGCUCCUCCCCCCUCGUUUCACAGGCUCCACCCACACCCACCAAGUUUAGCUGCACUGCCAUACCACUGCCCAUCCUCCCAGCCCUCACCCCGACAGCUGGCUCAGACGGAGGCGAGCUGAAAGACCUCGAGAUCCCCAACGUCUCCACCGUCAUGUCGCCCAUCACCGACAUGGGCACCUCUUACGCAAUCUCCGAGUCGGACGGCGGGAUCCCAGUCUCCCUCCCUUCCCUCCCUCCCCUCACCACCAACUCCACACUGGAGGCUGUCUUCAACGAACCCAUCUUGAGUGUGGCCGUCUCGGACAGUGGUGUCUCAGACCAUCUCUUGAGCUCCUGAUUCAGUGCAUUUUUUUGAUGUGUAUAUUGCCGCUGUGUACGUAAAUAUUAUGCUGGAUUUGUUGCAACCAGUGUGUUCUUUUUUUAAAAAAGAAGACGGAGAUAUUUUAGCAACAACAAUGCCUGCAUAUGCGCGUGGGCGCUAAACUU